GACUCCUGUAUCGAAUUUGGGAAACAAGUCAUGCAGGCCGAAGACCUCGAGCCUGUCCAUAACCAAGGAUGCAACAGCUUCACCCUGGUAUGCCAUCGCAAGCAAAAGAUUGUACAGUUCCGCCUGAAACCUUUCGAUGCCCUGAUUAUGGACUUGGCCCAUCAGAUUUACGGCACAAUGACAGUCAUUGAUCUAGGCCAAUUCGUGGCGAGGUCAACACACUUUUCACAGCCUAAGACCUCGUACCGGGCGGACAGCUGGACUAUGAUGUCAAAGAAAACUCUCAACCGGCUCCAUCACAACUCGUCUCUCCAAGCUGCCCCAGAGAUCGCCGAGAUAGUGUCCCUAAACAUCCUCGUAGAUGACGCUGGGGAUGUAACAGGAGUCAUAGACUUUGACACAGCGUUCUGGGAUUCGCUGUGGUCUAACGUCUCUCAAGAACUGAAGGAGAAGCGAGAAGAGUUGGACGCUGCGAUAAGGAUGGCUUUAAGCAUUGGGGUCAUCAAUCGAUAUUUCAUCAGGGGCAUGAUGGACAAGGUCGACGAGAGCAUCAAAGUUCAUCGUUUGUCGCUG